AUGCAGCUGCAAGCUGUUCUGUUCCUGAUUGGGACAUUCCUGGCCUCCGCCGCCCAAGGGUUCGACAUCUCUCCGUUGGAACUGCAAUUCCCACUUCUCCAUCAACUGCGACUGCUGGAAGAUGAAACGGGUGCUUCACUACACCUGACAUCUUUGAAGGAGUUUGUGGACCACAAUUUCUCAGUGCCUAUUGACCAUUUUCACAAUGAAUCUCGAUAUGAACCCCAUACUCGCGACCACUUCAACCUCCGCUACUGGUUCGAUGCAAGUCACUACAAGGAAGGGGGACCAGUAUUCCUCAUUGCAGCCGGAGAGACGAAUGGUAGAGAUCGUUUUCCGUUCCUGUCUCACGGAAUCGUGACCCAGUUAGCCAAGACCUAUAAUGGUCUCGGAGUUAUCCUGGAGCACCGCUAUUACGGGGAGAGCUACCCCUUCGCCGAUCUCACCACGAAGAACAUUCGGUUCCUUUCAACAGAGCAAGCAAUGGCGGAUUACGCUUACUUUGCUUCCAACGUUGUUUUCCCCGGACUGGAGCACCUGAAUCUGACAGCUGACGCCGUGCCGUGGAUUGGUUACGGAGGCUCCUAUGCCGGAGCAUUUGUGGCUUUUCUUCGCAAGGUCUACCCGGAGGUCUUCUUCGGGGUGGUGUCGUCGUCAGGAGUCACCGAGGCCAUUGUAGAUUAUUGGCAAUACUAUGAGCCUAUUCGCCAAUUUGCACCGUCCGACUGCAUAUGGAGUAUUGAAACGUUCAUGGAUAUUGUGGAUACUAUACUGAUUGAGCAUGCCAAGAAUGAGACACUGAAAUCGCACCUCAAGGCCGUUUUUGGUGCAACUUCCUCCGAUGUCGAUGACGAGUUCUUCGCUGCGGCUCUCUCGAGCACCCUUGGAGCCUUUCAAGGCCGGAACUGGGAUCCUGCGGUCGGCGAUGGCACUUUUCAGAGAUAUUGCAAGAAUCUCACCAGCCCGUCGUUGCUCUACCAGCAGAAUAAUACCAUGAAGGCGUGGACGGAGGAGGUCAUCUCCGCCACAAAGUAUGAUGCAACCAACUCCAGCUUGGUGACGGGGAUGCUCAACUACGCUGGUUACAUGAACGCCACGAUGUUCUCCCAUCUUGACGAGGUUCGCGGUACCUCCAGUCACAAGUCCCCACAAUCACUGCAAAAAUCGUCUGGGGUUAGCUGGGGGUAUCAGGUCUGCACGGAAUGGGGAUACUUCAUGCCGGGAUCAAGCGUUCCAAAAGAUAGACUGCCUCUUAUCUCUCGUUUGAUCACGCUUGCCGGCGAAUCUCGGUUCUGCAAGGAGGACUUCAACAUCACCACACCUCCUGACACCGACCGGAUUAACAAGCAUGGCGGGUUCAACUUCUCAUAUCCCCGGGCGGCCAUUAUCGAUGGACUGGCCGAUCCUUGGCGGGACGCGACACCGCAUGCCGACGGUACACGACCAAGACAGUCCACGGACGAGGAGCCAUUUAUCCUUGUCGAUGUCCCGGCCGAGGAUGUCUGGGAUGGGAUUCGCGGUGCGGUGCACCACUGGGAUCAGAACGGCUUGUCCGAACAAGAUGUGCAGCAAGGGAAGACCGCACCAAAGGCCAUAGUCGCCCUGCAACAGGAAAUCAUACGGUUUGUUGGGGUGUGGCUGAAGCAGUGGAGAAAACACGAGGAUGUCUCGGAUCCGACAGCGAACACGGCAGUGAGAAAUCGGCAACUGGUGCUCUAG